AUGCCACACAAUCUCUUCUCCGUACCCGACGACCCCUCCGAACGUCGGCGGGACCAAGUGAGCGGGCACAGCGCCGUCCAAGUCUUCCUCUCCCCGAAACUGUACUCACGCUUCGACGCGCACGAGCUCAUCGCCGCCGCCCACUCUCUGGUGUCCCCGAGGGGGAGGGGCGUGUACGCGACGGACGAAGCGCCCGAUGUGAUGGACGGCACGCUGGUGAUGGCGAUGGAGGAGGCGGGGAAUAGACAUACAAGAUUUACGGAGGAGAAAAGGAGGGAGCGGAGGAAGGCGUGGAAGGAGUGUGUGUAUUCUGCUGUUCCGAGCGACCACAUCUCCGGUGUAAUCCUCCACCCGGAAACUCUGCACACCUUCCACCUCGCGCCGCUCCUCUCCGACCGGGGCAUCAUCCCGGGCGUGCGCGCCAACGCCGAGCUGACGCCUCUCCCGCGGAGCGAGGACGAGUUCCUCGUCGAGGGGCUGGACGGGCUCCUGGGGCGGAUGCAGGCCGCCCGCGGGGAAGGCGCGCGGUUCUCCAAGUUCCGCGUGCCGAUCAUGUGUGGGUCUGUUACGCCUGGUCCUCCUCCGGUGCCUGUCGAGUCUACGGAAAAUGAGGGAGGAGAUGAAGGAGGACAGAAGAAACCGUACACGAGCACCGUCGACACGAGCACCAUCUUCCCUACCCAACUCGCACUCGAGACGGUGGCAGAGACGCUCGCGCGGUUCGCCGCGAUCAGCCAGCAGGCAGGUUUGGUCCCCAUUGUCGAGCCUGACGUUGACUUUUCGCGCGACGCGGACCUUGCAAGAAGCGCGGAGGUGCAUGAGAGGGCGAUUGCGUUGAUUUACGAGAGGAUGAGGGCGCAUGGGGUCUUGUUGGAAGGAUCACUCAUCAAGCCCUCGUUCCCUCAACCUGGCUUGCAGCAUCCUUCACGCGACAAAGUGACGGCUGAGGAGAUCGCGCUUGCGACGGCGACGGUUAUUUCUCGGUCAGUCCCUUCUGCAGUUCCUGGUGUUCUAUUCCUCUCUGAAACUGCCACAAAUUAUCUGGCAAAGGUCAACCAGCUCGCCUUGAACUCGCCUCCAGGAUCGCCUUUCGCUCGACUACCUGCACUGAGCUUCUCGUUUGGUAGGGCAUUACAGGCGGAACCGAUGAAACAUUGGGUGAAAGGUGACGAAGAAGCGACGAAGGCAUCGCUUGUGAAGUGGUCGAAAAUUUGCUACGAUGCAGUUCUCAGCGGCGCGGUAGCUUGA